GCGCACUCUCACUCUCACGAGCCGAGCGCGCAACGAGACUGCGCCCAUCACAGCGCGGAACAAUGGCAGCAUCCAGCUUCUGACUCUCAGAUGGAGACGUGCUGGAGCAGAUGAGAGCGCUUCAGAGGAGAUUUGAUCACACGCUCCUGCUGUCAUCAGGGAUGGAGCGAUAGAGGCGCGCGGUUCUCCAUCACUGACGGGAGGCGCGUCCACCUGCUCUCUGACGCAGGCCCGGGAUGCGCGAGAAAACAUGCACAAGUGCCUCUGAUCACGGAAAUUAUUUCCACAUACGAGCUCUUUUGUGGCGUUAAAAGCUCUCGGCGUUUAGAAAUAGGCACUGAUCUGGCAGCGUAAGGAACGGAUUCACAUAAUCUGAAGAGUAAUCUAAAGCUGUAUGUGGCCACAAAGCUGAAUGGUGUCGCAGAUGCUGCCUUACACACAUCCUCCAGAGCUGCUGCAGUGAGCACAAAGAGAGACGACUUGUUCUUCCUCAGUGCUAAAUUGGGCUUAAAGAAGCACCACUUACCACGGCCACUGUCAACACAAACUCCUUUACAGGAUCACCUGACUGAUGAGUCCUCAAACUACACAAUAUCCCUCACACCCUGUGCUGCCAAGGGCUUGAGCCCCCUGGGCUUUACCAAGAAAAACACAACCAGUGGCAUUUCACCAUGAUCGAACCCACGAGCAUUCCUGGGCUCACACAGGACUGUUUGAUUCAGCAGAGUCACACCUGUCCCAGCUGCUUCAUUGAGACCAAGGAUAUGUCCAAUGAAGAGACCAACAUCAACCUCAAAAUGGCUGAUAUGAGCCGAGACUACAGGACCUGCCCUAUAUCUGAUAUUAACAUGCAAUGCAUGAGCACAAGUGAGACGGGAAGUUACGGAGACCAGCUCCUCACCGACCAGCUUUUAAACUUUCCAGUCCCCAAAACUCAGCUUGUUGAGAAGAAGGACACAGAGAAAACAGACUUUGAUGAUUCAGCCUCCAAAAACCUGUAUGAGGGCCUGCUAUUAGACAAGUCCAAUGGAGAGGAUGGUUUGCUAACGAAUUCAAAUCAGGACUGGGGCUACUUCGAGUCCUUCAUUAACGAGAGUAAGAUGGAAUUGCUGGAUCUCUGCUCCAAGAACGAGCUCUCCAUAAAUCUAUUCUCUGAGGAGGACGUGGACAAUUACAUGUUUGAUGACGAUGAUGACUCCACUCUGAGCAGCGACGUGUGCUCGUUAAAGAUACGCUACGAGUCCUUCCAGGACAACAUGAGGGAGAAAACCAAUGUUCUGCAAGAAGAAACCCAGUUCAACUUUUUUCCAAGUGUUUUGGUGAACUGCACCAAGAAAGAGGCUGGUGUGGUAAAACGAGUUGUAGAUGAGCCACCACCUAAAUCAGAGGAGCUUGGAUUUCAAAGUGACAGCAAAGGGGAUGGAAAUGACUGCUCCAUAGAGCAGACACCUGAUUACAGCCCUAAAAUUAACUACUUAAUUGAUUCAAGCAACUCUACUGAUGACUCAGGGGAGUAUAGUAAUGACAGCUCCUCCACCGUUUCCUCUUUUGACACCUUCCAAGACAACAGGCCCAAAAACUUGUUCUCACGAAAGAACGCAAGCUGCUCCAACCAUCUGAACUAUGGAUUGCGGGCUAAAAGAAAAGUAAGGUAUAGUGAUGACUACUUGUACUAUGUUGAGUCCACCGAAGGAGAAAGAAAUGUUGAAAAGCAAGAGAAACCACCGAUUGGUCCAAAGCAAGAAGAGGAUCUUGACUGGUGCCCUAAAAAGAGACGAAAAUACUCUCGCAAGGAUCCACCUGUAAUAAUCAAAUACAUUAUUGUCAACAGGUUCAAAGGAGAUAAAUGCAUGGCUGUGAAGCUGGGCAGAAUUGAUUCAGACGACACUACUGUAAUCUUAAAUGAGGAUACAGUCAACAAAUAUGAGAAGCUCGCACCUCUGAAAGAUUUCUGGCUGGAGAAACAAAGAGAAAGAGAAGAACAGCUUAAGAUUGCAGCAGGAGAUAAACACAAUUCUCACCACCAUGCCUUCAGUUCCAAUCCCCCCAAAAGGAGACACAAGCUAGCACACAGGCUCAGAAUUCAGAGGAUUCAAACUGUGGAGCAAUCACCCAACAGGCAGGGCCUAUUUGCCUCUGAUCCCAGGCAGGAGGUUGCUUCUACAGAUGAAACUGUCUCCAUGGGAAUGCCAUUAACAAUAGCCACCAGCUGUGCAAGAACAUUAGACCCAAAUGACAUCAUACACACUGCAGCCCGGAAAAGCAGAUCACAAGAGAGGGAGGAAAGGAGAAUAGGGAAUAAAAUAUUCAGAAUACAGAAAUUUAGAAGUGAAGCCAGAAUUAGGAGCAAGAAAAUGAGAGACCUUGCGGAGAAUAGCGAGAGCGUGACAGACGUUUGCUCGCUGCAGAAAAAUAUGGACGCAGUAGGAGGUGCUGAAGAUGAAAACGUUAGCCCGGCUGCACACAGUCCCCGUUUGUGUGAGAGUCAAACGGCUAAUGCAACUGAAAAAUUUGUUUUCGUGUCUAGAACCUGCUCCCCUAACAAAGAGGCAUCGUCUGAGAAUGUGGCCCCAAGUGUUUCCGUUAUCCCGGGUGGUUACCUGCAAACAUUGUUAGAUGCCUCUGAUUCUUCAGGUAGCACCGGUAUGCCCUUUUUCCCCCAGCAGACCCAACACUCAUUGGAUCUCUCUUUGGAAAAGCAGCAGUUCAUCUCAAUUCAGCUAGCGCAAAGCUGUGUCCUUUCCCCACCAUCAGAAUCAGAGCUCCAGCAGUCACCCCAGAAUUGUCAGACUCUCACCCAGAUGUGGCACCACCAGCUUGGUCCCAACCAGCAGUUCGCCGCUGCAGAUGUUGCCGAGUCUGUGAUCCAACCCAGCAGCUUCACUAGAGAAAUGGCUAUGCCAUUGUCUGAGAGUCUGACCAUGUCAGGCUACAGCCAGCUGAGUCUGGAGGGCAACAGGAUGCUUUAUGAAAAGAAUUACAUGACUGAGCAGCCGUUGCCUUCUGACGCUGAGUUUCAGGCGUGUCAGGGGCAGCCACAGUUUCAAAGAGCCACACUGCACACAGACAACGGCCGACUCAUCAGUUUCGACUCAGUUGGCUCGCUGUCAGCUACUUCUAGCAAUUACAGCUCUCUGAGUCUUAAGUCCUGCGAGAAGGAUGGCGAGGAUGAUGUGAACGAGAACUUUCUGGCCCACUGCAGUCCCAAACUGGUGAUUCAGCAGAGUAUUGAUGCAAUCACACCCCUGAGGGAGUCUACAGACUUGCUGGAUAUCUCCAACUUCACUCCAGAUAAAUUCAGACACACAUCAUUGUCAGAGCUCUCUCCCCCAGAGACACCUAAUUUAUCCCCUCAAGUUAUGGUCCGUGAAAUGAAGAUUGCUGCUGACCUACAGGAUAGGGCUAAGAUGCCAUGCACCAAGGACGUGGAGUGGAACUGCAAAAUGAUCGAGCAGCAAGAUAUGGCUAGAUAUUCAGUAGAUGGGCAUGAUUUUCAAUUACACGUUUUUAACAGUGAAGACAACUUAAGCCUUGGGACAAAAGAGAAAAAUCUAGCUGACUUUGAUGGUGAAAUGAUGAGUGCAAUCAAGGGGACUAAGGCUAAGAGGAAAAAUAGCAACAAACAAACUGCAGGACAGGGUACCAAAAAAAGCAAAGCACCAAGAGCUACUAAAACAGAGAAGGGCAAAAUUCCACGUCAGACUUCACGAGUAUCUAAAAAGUUAAAGGCCUUACUGGAUGAGAAAGGUGGUAAAGGCCAGACUGAGAGCAUCGCUCAUUUGCUGAAGGACAACGGAUCGGAGGAAUGGACAGGAAUAGGUAUUUCAGAGAGCAAAAGUCAAGUCCACGAUGACCAGCGAGAGUUUGAAGAGCCAUCCAACAUCUUGUCAAAUAUUGUCUCAGGAAUGGCCGAAGUACAGAGAUUCAUGAUGGCCUCUGUUGAGCCAAUAUGGGGCCCUACAACAAAUAUCUGUUUGCCCUCAGACGCUAACAGCCUUAAGUUAAAGACUCUCAAAAUCCUAGCAGGAACUUCAUCUGACCCCAAGAAGAAAGGCAAUUUGGCUACUGGGGGCACAAAGGGCAGAAAAGGUGGGACAAAAGGUGGCAAAAACCAGGCAAAGUUCAAUGCCUCCUUGCCUUUUUUCCCUCAGUUGGCUUUGGGCUGCAACAUGAUUGACAAGCCUAACCUUGUUGUUCCUGCUAUAAAUGGGCCAGCACACAAAAAGAUGUACCGUCACAAAACCAGUGCAAAAUUCCCUCGGAUUGAAAAUCUAAAGGGCACGCGACCUGAACGAGAGCCAAAUAAGGACUUAUCGUCAAUGGCAUCUUUUGAGAAACUGAGGUAAUAUUUUAUAUCUAGCUGCUGAUGCACGUUCCUCACUUUCCCACUUCCUCCUCAUUUCUUGACAUACCUACACUGACUCAAGACCAGAGAUGCAUGGAAUUACGUUAUCCUUUACUACCCCCUCUUUGUUAUUGCCCCCGAAGAGGAUAUUGAUAUCUUGCAUGAGAAACUUCUUGUACUCGCAGACUACCUAUUGAUUGUGCAAGGCUUGAUUGAGAUUUUAAAUGACCAUGGCUGCAUUUUUCUUCUGCAUUCUUGUUUUUGCUGUUUUGUUUUUCCCUCACAGUUGCUGAUUAGUUUUUGUCUGAAAAAAAAAAAAAAAAAACACUUUAAGUGCAAAUUCUGUUUUUGGACCUUUUUUUGGUUCAUUUCUCAGUGAAUCUUGCUGCCCUUAUAUAAUUAUAUUUCUCUCUUCAAACAUGUAGCUAUUAUACAAUGUAUUUGUGUGAAACAAGCUCCCCAUUUGACUAUGUAUGCUGAAACAGAUGCCCUCCUCUCUUUUUACCCUUUUACUAUGCUCAGCCCCUUGUCUAGGAUAACAACAUCCUUUGUAGAUCUCUAAACAUUAACAGCACACAAUGGGAAGACAUAUCAGAUAAAUGUUGUUCUAAUUUCUUACUGUUGGAAUGUACUUAUGAUUUUCUCUUAUCUACUAUGCUUUUUACAGGAGUUGUACUGGAAAUUGUCUUAGAGGGAUAUUUCUAUGCCAUGGAAAUCUCAAAACGCUUCAUUUUUGCAUUGUUUUUUAUACUUUAGUUUAAAUAAUGAUGAUAAUAAUAAUAAUGGUAUUGAAUGAUUAUUGACAGGAAUACUGUAAUGUUACUACUAACAGAUUAUUAUUAUUAUUAUUAUUAUUAUUAUUAUUAUUCAGUAUCACUGUACAGAAAUGCGCUGUUUAAAGCAAAACAUGAAAUCUAUCCGUGUGCCAAAUGUAAACUUUCUGUACACAUUUCUAAUCUGUAUGAAUACUGGCUGUUUCAUUUACUAUCCUGAUGAAUGCUGGCUGUCCUCCUUCAA